AUGUGGAACGAGACCGAAGUUCCUCUGCUGCUGCCUACUUCAGCACCAUCCGAUCGCCUUCUGCAACCGCUAUGGGACUAUGUCCGAUUCAACCACUUUGCUCUUGUUUCCUCGCCCUUUUUCCCAGUCUUACUGGCCUUUUCUGGGUACUUCUCCUUCAGCAUCCCUUUCACCUUAAUGGAUCUGCUGGGUGAGGAAGUGCCCUUCUUUCACCGCUACAAGAUACAGAAAGAACGGCGACCAACAGUGCAGAUGAUGAUGAGAAGCUUUGGGAGGGCAAUGUACAACCAUGUGGUGUUUGUGAUACCUGCCGUCCUCCUCAACAACUAUUUCAUGCCAAUGCCUCCACUGCCUGCUUUGGCUCCCACUGUUCUGGAACUGCUGAGUGGCUUUCUGGGUGCCAUGCUCCUCUUCGACACCCAGUACUUCAUCUGGCACAUGGUGCACCACAAGAACCGCCAGCUGUACAAAUGGGUGCACGCCAUUCACCAUGACUAUGUGGCACCCUUUUCUUGGUCUACACAGCACCUCAGCCCCAUAGAGCUGAUGACUGUGGGUUUCUGGAGCAACCUGGACCCCAUAAUGCUUCAAUGCCACCCCCUGACAACAUGGUUCACCACUGUCGUCAGUAUCUGGAUGUCUGUGGAAGACCAUAUUGGCUACGACUUGCCCUGGGCUCUCAACCACCUGGUUCCCUUUGGACUGUAUGGGGGAGCACCUGCUCAUGACAUACACCAUCAGAAACCCAACAGCAAUUUUGCACCUUUCUUCAGCCACUGGGACAGGAUUUUUGGAACAGGCACCAAUAUAGAUAGGGCAACUCAGAAAUACCUCCAACUCAAGGAAGAGUAA